AUGACCAAAGGAAUACUUGCUAUUCAUAUUGUUGAGGGUAGAGAUUUAAAGAAAACUGAUGAAUUUGGUCAUGGUGACCCCUAUGUGGAAGUUUGGUUAGAUAAGACUGCUCAUAAAUUCAAGACUGAAGCGAGAAGAGAUACUUCUACACCUGUUUGGGAUAAGAAAUAUCAUUACAACGUCACUAAUCAAUCAGAACUCCAUGUUAGAGUCUUGGAUGAGGAUAUUUUGACAGAUGAUGUGAUCGGAACAAGCACAGUGGAUAUCUCUACUGUCUACAGAGAUUAUUACAAAGAUAUGUGGGUUGAUUUGCCUGACAUUGAUGGCAAACACAGAGAUGGCCAAAUUCACUUAAUUUUAGAAUACUUUCCUAAUAAAUAA